UUUUGAUGUUGAGUUGCCCCUCCCCCUUGGUUUUUUGCUUAAAAGUCUAAAACUCGACCGAGCAGGCAAGCAUCAUCCACUCACUUGACGCACACUCACACAGUCUUCGUCCAGCCACAUAAAAAAUGUUGGCAUUUAAACCAGCUCAGGGAACUUUACUGACGGUGCUCUUAAUAAUCUGCAUGGAGGCAUCGCAAUGUACUAUUCUUCAAGUGGACCCCCCCGAGGAGAUUAAAAUCAUAGAUCCUGGUCAUCUUGGCCGUAUGGAGAUUACAUGGACUCUCCCAGCAAGCUUAAUUCAUAUCCAAGAAUGUCCAACGCUUUACCAGUUGGAAUACUUCAAUGCCUAUAUGCAGCGUUGGGAUGUUAUUAAGACUCCUCACAGGACAUACAGUGCUCAGUUUGAUCUGAUGAAGGAUAUUCAAGUUAGAGUGUACACCCUGCUGGGGGAACACUGUGCUAAUAACACUUGGGUCAAAAGUCAGAACUACACGGAACUGGUGCAGAAACCUCCCAGAGAAGGUCCUCGUGCAGUAAAUAACUUUGAUUGUGUGUUUUAUAAUAUGGAACGUCUGAACUGCAUGUGGAGAAAUUACCACAAGUUGCCAUCCAACGCACAAAUAUAUUUGUAUUACUGGCACAAAGAAUUGGAACAAAUAGAGGAAUGUCCUGAGUACCUUUUCAUGAAUGGAGUCAGAAGUGGUUGCAGCUUGACGGGAAAACCUCUCCCUGAUUUUACUGAUGUCAACUUCUGUGUAAAUGGUUCUUCUCCUGAAGGCCCCCUGAGGCCUACAUAUAAAUCCCUUCAAAUUCAAAACAAUGUGAAACCUGAUCCUGCGGAGAAGCUGACGCUGCAGCAAGAUCAUGACACUCAAAUCAAACUUCACUGGAAGAAACCUUCUGGAAAUGUUCCUGAACACUGCCUUAUAUGGGAGGUGGAGCACACCAGCAAAGAAUCACAAAAGGAACAUUCGGAGCAAAUUUACACCACGCACACAAGCCUGAUUUUGCCUGCUGUGGCUGAGCGCAACUGCUUCAGGGUACGCUCCAAGUUGUGCAAAUAUUGUGUGGCGAGAAGCUUCUGGAGCGAAUGGAGUCAACAAAGAUGUAUUUAAACAAAAAGCAACAACAAAAGUACAACAAAUUACACAUUAAUCUAAAAUAUGCCUCAUAAUCAUAACUGUGCCAUGUGCUAAUACAGUAAUUAUAUUUUUCUCAUUGUCUUUAUAGGUGAUUCAGAAUUUUAAUGGAUUGACAGUUGACAAAAUCAACUUGGAGAAUAUUGGGAGAAUAUUGUGUAGGAUUAUCACAAUGUACAGAAUACAAUUUCUAUUCAGGGAUAUCAGAUUGUGAAGAAUAACAUUUCAUAUGUUAUGUCUCUAUGAGUUUUUGAACAUUUGUAAGCAAAAAUAUGAAGGCUUGAACAGAUGAAGCGAGUGGGGGAGUGAGUUCCCUCGCUUAAUUAGCAAUCCGUUCUUUUGUUUCCUACUCAUAUUUAUCAAAAUGAAUUUGAAAGAUAUAUUUUCAUUUACAUUUGCUACGAAAAUAAAUUCCGGGUACAAAAUAUGCUCGUAUCAACAAAAUAUUUAUGACCACAUAAAAGAAAAUUGAAUAAAGCUCAUUUGGAUUGCUAAUUAUUUUGUUGAAGACUUUUAUGUUCACGCUGUGUACUACUUUAAUGUUGGGAAUAAAACCAUCUGGAUACUGGA